AUGGAGAGAUCUGUUUUUGGCGGCGGCGGCGUGGCGCAGAGCGACAGCAUCAGCGUGUCCGCCAUCGUCGCCCAGACCGUGAAGGGGUCGCACGUCCUCAAGAUUGAUGGGUACUCCCGGGUCAAGGCAUCGGCCGGCAGCGGCAAAUUCAUCAGCUCUGGUGAGUUCGUCGUCGGCGGGAUUACUUGGGACAUCAGGUACUACCCUAAUGGAUGCACCCCAAAGACCUCUGGAUGGAUAGGCAUCGUCCUGCACCUCAAGCACAACCAUGCCACGGGCGUCGAGGCAAGCUACGCGUUCAGCUUGCUCGACGGCGCCGGCGAGCCAGUCCCGUCGUAUUCCUCUGGCAAGGGCACGGCACGCACUUUCAAGUGCGCAGACACCGGAUUUGGGUGCCGAAGGUUCAUCAUGCGGAAGGCCCUGGAGGGAUCAGCCUAUCUCAAGGACGACUGUUUCAGCGUCAGAUGCGACGUCACCGUCUCCACGACAGCAGUCCGCAUCCCGCGGUCCGUUGCCGUGCCGCCACCAGACAUGCACAAGCACAUUGGCCGCCUCCUCGAGUCCCAGGUGGGAACGGACGUCACGUUCCAGGUCGGCGAGGAGACCUUCGCCGCGCACCGGCUCGUGCUCGCUGCUCGGUCGCCGGUGUUCAUGGCGCAGCUGUUUGGCCCAAUGAAGGAAAGGAGCACGGGCCACGUACGGAUUGAUGACAUGGACCCAAGAGUGUUCAGGGCCAUGCUGCACUUCAUCUACACAGACUCGCUGCCUGACAUGGACAGCGGCGACGACGCGCGGGCCAUGGCUCAGCAUUUGCUUGUUGCAGCGGAUAGAUACGACAUGGAGAGGCUGAAGCUCACCUGCGAGGACAGGCUUUGCGACAACAUUAACACUGGCACGGCUGCAACUACUUUGGUGCUUGCGGAGCUGCAUGGCUCCAGAGGGCUCAAGGAGGCGUGCUUCGAGUUUCUCAAGUCUCCGGGCAAUCUAAAGGCGACCAUGGAUUGUGAUGAGUUUCAGCAUCUGACGAACAGUUGCCCCUCCCUUCUCAGCGAGCUGCUCGCCAACGUUGCACCCUGA